AUGACUACCCAGAUUACUAGUCCAGAUCUGUCUCUCAUACAGUUUAAAGCAGAGCUCGGAAGCUCAGAGGCCUCAUCGAUCUUUGAGAUAGAGCUCCAUGGCAACCGCUAUGCGCUGAAGGUGUUCCAUGACCAUGGCGAUCCAGUAUUUACAAAGAAGGGCCGUGAUCUCAACCGCUUCCGUAACGAAGCCAAGGCCUAUAACAACCUUCAUUCCUUUGACGUCUGUGACAGUGGCCUUGUCCCCAAAUACUAUGGUUCCAUUGAUCGGAUUGAUCCUUCCUGUCACAAACCGUGGCUCGACAGUUUUUUGAAUGACAAGUUCCACCCCAGCGCCAUCUUACUGGAAUACCUGGCAGGGUCCGAGCCCCUCAAUUGCGUUAAUUACUCGAAAGAGCGCCUCUCUAAGGCGAUGGAAUCACUUGUCCAAGUUCACGAGGCCUUGAUUGUCCACAAUGACCUUUACCCAGAAAACAUACUCAUCGUACCUGGAACUCCGGAGAGGGUGGUCGUGAUGGAUUUUGACGUCGCAGAAACUUUCCCAACGAAGGAACUUCAGGACCAGGCCAUAGGGAUUCACUCUCCUGAACCAAUGCAGGCCUGCAAGUUUGAAUUUGAGAUUCUCAAAAGUCUCGGAAAACAUCUGGAGGAAGAUCAAAAGGAGGGACUUCCUCCCAACACAAAGUUUUACUAG